AUGAGUGAAUCUGAAUUUACUUGUCAAGAUUUUGAGAAAUGCAUUAAUUCCAAAAAAAAUAACAAAAAUAGUUUUACUGUUGCUUCCAAAGAAAAUAGCCAAGAUGACUUCACUAUUACUUCUGAAGAAAAUAGCCAAAAUGGUUUUAUUGUUACUUCUGAAGAAAAUAGCCAAGAUGGUUUUACUGUUGAUAAUGUUGCUCUUGUAGAGGCUUUUGCAAAUGCUCAACAAGCAUUUAUUGAAAGGCCACAUAGAGGUAAUCCUAUAAUGUUGUGUACUGAACUUGAAAAACAUGAAAAUGAUACAAGUGAUACUUUAAUAGAUAUCAGAAGGUAG